CUCACUACGUGACGCGAAGAGCGCAUGUCUAUCUCAGAGCUAACGCGUAGCUCAUUCCAGUCUGGCAUCUCCGCCAAACAGUGGACAGAGCUUUGCAAGCUUCUCAUCGAGCGCAAAGCACAAGAAUCUGGGGAGCAGAUCAGUUCUUCGAGGCAAAUAUGCGAUUCUGUCCUCGCUCUACUUAUCAACUAUCCUGCAGAGCCAACACUCGAGACAUACUUACGCGAAGCUGUCAACAGUGCUCUAGUUUCUCGGCCUGUCUUUGCUGCCGCAUUUCUCCAAGGCGCGCGCUCGCCUGAGCUGCACGACCCAACCACUCUGGAUCACUUGUGCAGCAUAGUGCUCGAAUCACAUUACGCGUCCGGACUGCCACCUCUUGGAUCUCUCGUGUCUCUUACCGACCCUCAGCCCGUCAAUAUCGCGACCGUCCAAGACGUUCUAUCUCUCUACCGGUUCUCCCAGACCGUUCCGCCUUCCGCCUUCCAUCGACUGCCCGCUCACGCCACCGAGCUAGCAGUUCUCAUGCUCUCCUGCGUAAACGAUGUUUCUGAGCUAUCGACCGCACAGGCCAUGGUGUACUAUGGUGAACUCAACGAAAUACUACACUCAUGCCGCCCUCCCACCGACCUUAGAGAAGCUCUGGACACGUACGGCAUGUCUCUAAGCCUUCUGAUUGGAGACGACGCCAAAGCUGCCAGGGAGGCCCAGAUGAUGCAUUCAAUGCAGCUCUCUCUAGUAAAAGAGGAUGCGGUAGAUUCGAAAACAGAGUCCAAUGUUGUCCCGUGUGGAAUGCUGCUCCAGCACCUGGUAAUUCACAGAUCGACCGAAUUUGGAUCGGGAAACGACUCUGGAGCUGUUGCGAUGAUGAUAGCCGUGCUCAGAUGGACCGGUUGGACUCCGGCCGUAUAUUACACUCAAUUACUCUUAGCUGCUCUUGUAAGCGUUUCACAAAGCACUCAGGGCGUCAACAACGACAAAUCAUUUUUUCUCUGGCGGGCAUUUGUUGUCGGAAGGUUGCCUCGCCUGAUAUCUAUGUUCGAGAAGGCAUUGGAAGGCCACAGUUCAUCCGACAUGGAUUGGCGAUCGGCCAUGCAUAUAGCCGUGACAAAUGUCCUUCGGCGCACUGACCUCGUCUCUCAGUGCAACCAGCUUGCAAAACUGGGUGUCUCAGAAAGUCAGGAUGCGCCCAAUAGCCAGGAACGCCCAUUGACGAGAGAGCUCCUCCAACAACUGCUAUUUUGUGGCUUGAUAGAUCACUCCUUCGUCGUUACUGUGGACCCGACGAUUGCUAAUGAUGGAAUGUCACGACUACAGGCGGAAGCGCUUGAACACAAUGCCAAUCUGGAGACAUACCUAGACUCAAAGCUGGCAGCUGAGGCUUCCGAAGAGGACAAUAAAGCUCUGUUGGAGCGCAUCAAUCAAGACGUGGCGAGCCAUGCCAUCUUUGCUGAAGUAGUCUUCAAACGAUUUAGUGGCCAAACCUCGAGCUCGGGAGAUAUUGAAGUUUUGAGUCACAUCUCCAAACUGCUCUAUACUUACGACGCUGCGAUGGACCUUGUCGCCCUGCACGUCAGCUUCACAGAUCUGCUGUUUCAUGCUUUAGAGUCAAUUCACAAUUAUGACAAUGAAACAGUUGGCGAUCCGCAGACGGCAGUUAGCCAGCUUGGUGAUGUGAUCAACUUCGUUCAGCUCGCUCUAAGUCGUUUCAAGAUACUUUCUACUACCUUCACGAAGGAUGGGAGAACAGUAUCAGCAGCAUGCCUGAGGUCCGCAGAUGUUAUCUACAGGCUAGAUGCCCUUACAGGAGAAAGUGUGAACGCUUUCUCGGUGUGGUUUAAGGCCAUAUUUGAUAGCAACAGCGAAGGCAUCGACGACGCGCUCUUGAGAUCUACAAAACCAGAAAUCCUGCUGAACAUUUCGGCGACACUUUUCUCGCGGUCAAGCCAACUUCUGAACGAACAGAAGAUCGAACGGGAUGUAUUACACAAUGGCGUCUCCUAUUUUUUGGGACGCUUGCUAAAUUGGACGCUUGUUGGCGUAAUGAGGGCUCUUGUAUCAGAGAUUGGGCGGAGAGGUUAUAUGGCUCCUGCACAGCUGGAAGUACUGUGCACGCUUUUGCAGUCGCCCUCGUGUCCAGAGGUCGUCUUACGCCUUUGUGCCUUUGACGUCUGGAAGCUCCUUUCCAACAAGCGUGUUUAUACAAUUCCCAACGCGGCCUUGAAAGCAAACAUCGCUACCUCAAGGGCGGUAGCUGGUCGUGUUCUGGGAUUUAAAGACGACGGAAACGCUGUUGAACCCGAUCCAACCUUGUCAGAGACCGACAUGAGCUGGUUGGAUUAUCCCACUUCCUCUGUGCGCUCAGCUCUUUCGGAUGCGCGAGCCCAAAAGGUCCCCUCCAUUGACGUUACACGCUGCCUUGCAAGCUCGCAGCCCACUCAAUUUCUUCACAUGCUAUUCUCAGAGCUCAGCCGUGCUGCUCUUGGCAUGGGACUUGUUGGUGUCAGCGAAACGGAGGCAGUGAGAUCUCUGGCAACAUCUGUGCUAUCAUUCCCUCGCACAUGGGCAUCUUCUUCCCCACCUCUCCUGCCUCUUUUUGUUCAUGUGGUUGUACCUAGGCUAAUCGCCACUGUUGAACAGCAAC